GGUCUUACUCUAUCACCCAGGCUGGAGUACAGCAGCACAGUCUCUGCUCACUGCAAACCUCCACCUCCAAAGCUCAGUGAUCCUCACCCCUCAGCCUCAUAAGUAGCUGGGACUACAGCCAUGCAUCAUUAUGCCUAGCCAAGUUUUGCAUUUUUUGUAGAGACAGGGUUUUGUCAUGUUGCCCACACUGGUCUCAAACUCCUGAGCUCAAGCAAUCCCCCCAGCCUUGACCUCCUAAAAUGCUGGAAUUACAGGCGUGAGCCACCGCACCUGGCCCACAUCUUUGUUUUUUGCAGUAACCACCUCCCUCUCACCUGGAGUAAUAUGCCACAGAAUAUACCUUAAGGAGGAAAUUCAAUUCUCCAAUUUAAUAUUUGCAAAAUGUUACCCCUAUGGCAAACUCUUAAGAGAUGAAGUAAACAUAUGGGAUAGUAACCUGACUAUAAAAAUGUUUUUAAAGUCAUAACCGACAGGUAUAAAAACAAAUGUCUUACAACUAGAGUGAAAUUCUAUCUAGCAAUCUGUGCUUUCACUUUUUAACUUCUAUGAAAGCAUAAACACCGUUAUUUUUACCAUCCCUCCAAAUGGAAUUUAUGAACCUAUAUUCCAUUGAUAUAAUGACUUGUGUCUUAAACAUGUGACCCUUUGAAAAUGUUUAUCACAUAUACAUGGAGCAAGUAAACAAGUAUCACUAUCUAGUUAUAAGUAAAACACAACAGCUUUAACAAUUUUUGCUGUUUUUAAAAAGUCCAUAACUUUAUUUUAUAUGUACACAUAUAUAUAAGGAAAGAGAAAAAAAUUGUUGGCUAAAUAAAGUGUUUUCACUCUGAAACCCAACUCAUCAUGCUAUAUAGCAAAUAUGGAUUUCAUUAAUUUAUUGAAUUUUAAAGGUAUACAUAUUGAUAUGUAAAAUAAUUUAAUCCAAUUUAUAAUUUCUUUUUCUCUAUGAGUUUUUUCUAAUGUUAUAAUGUAUUACUUAAAAAUCUAGUCCCAUUAAAUUGAUGCUAAAGUUAGGAGUAUGAAUGUGAGUUGUUAUUAGAAUAAGAGAGUAAAAAUAAAAUCUAGUAAAUAAAAACCUUAGACCUAAGAUUUUUAAGGGUUGUAUUACGUUUAUCCAGGUGUCUCACCUGUGAAACCUGUCAUUACCAUCAUUUUCUUACAUUUUGUGCCUUUGCCAUUUUCUGAGAAUUCUCCUGCUUUUGACAUAAUCUACUUAUGAUUUCUACCCAUGAUAAAAUAGGACAAAUAUCCUCUAUCUUUGGCCACCAAGGCAAAGGUUACUGGGCCUCUAAAUAGUGCUAUCUCCUGCUUUUAAUUUCCUAUAGAUAUUUUAGUAAUAUGGCUUAUUUUUAGUAAUUAUGACUCAAAAUGUUGACCCAUACAUUAUUACAGUUUUCUCCCUAAAACAUGGUAACAAAGUUCAGAGACAAUUUAAAUUAUUGGAGGUACAAAUAUUGCACACCUUGAAACUCUUACUCCUUAGUAUACAGAUUUAUAAGUUUCAUGUACCUAUAGUCAAUGGAUUCUGUGCCACCACCUCCAAACAUGCAAUUAAAAAACGUUCCCUUACUUGAAGACCGUUCCCCUUCCAACAUACACACACACACACACACACACACACACACACACACACUGCAAUGACUUAAGGAUCUAGUUACUUCCCAAGUAGCUGGGACUACAGAUGGCGCCUCUACGGGUGAUGCGCUUCCUGGGGUUUAGACCUCCUGACUUUUACAUCUUUCCCUGAGACUUGGUUAAUCUGUGCACAUAGGGAGCAAUCCGAAAACGUUUGUGGAAUGUUGUUGAACGUCAAAAAUCGCUCUGGGCUCUGUAACCUCGGUUUUCUGAUAAAGAUGACGAAUCACCACAGGAUAAUUUUAGCAUCCAGAGUCCAGAUUACAAUCGGGUUUGCAACUUUCCUAACACGCAGGUUUCACCAUCUCUGCCCCGGGGAAGCAGAAGAAGAAAUGCAAGAAAACUGACAGCUAUGCCUUCGGCCGCCAGCUUCCAAAUCGGCCAGAUGAUUAUUAAAAACACUCCUCAGGGGCGUCACUUCAAAAUGCAGUGGAGGCUGGGGCAGAGUUACGGAAUCCCCGCCAGCCCGCACCUUUGUUGCCCGCUCCUCGUCGGCGCAAGGCACGCCGGGACACCGCGGAGCCCAACCACCGUCACCAAGGCAACCAGCCUGCACGCCGUUAUCUUGGACACCGACAGGCGCUUCAGUGAGCCGAGCAGAGGGGCCGCCUCCGCCCGCCCCCAGCUAGGAUGCUUCGCGGAGGCUAUAAGGCCUCUGAAAGGCGAAGACGCUUGAGCGAGAGCCUCAGCUGGCACCAAGAUCAGGCGCUGAGUAGCAGCAUCUACCUCCUACGAGAGAUGGGCCCCACAGGCUUCCUGUUAAGGGAGGAGGAGCCGGAAAACAAGAAUUUCCGAGUUUUUCUAGGAAAUCCUCAUGUUUGUAACUGUUCCACAUUUCUGCAAGGAGGGGAACUUUGUAAGCAUAUCUGCUGGGUCUUGUUGAAAAAAUUCAAGCUUCCGAGGAACCAUGAAUCUGCUUUAAGGAUGGGUCUUGGGGAAAGAGAGAUAAAUGACUUGCUUCGGGGGAUACAUCGAGUUCAAACUCCCCAACCAGGAACAGAUGACAAAAACGAACAUGUUAAAGAAGAUGAAUACAUUAAACAGAAGGAAAUUGAUUCAGAGGAUAUCUGCUCUAUUUGUCAAGAGCUACUUUUAGAGAAAAAGCUUCCUGUCACCUUCUGUAGGUUUGGUUGUGGCAAUAAUAUUCAUAUAAAAUGCAUGAAGAUCUUAGCUAAUUAUCAGAAUAUAUCAAACGUUUCCAUGUUGAAAUGUCCUCUGUGCAGGAAAGAGUUUGCACCAUUAAAACUUAUUUUGGAGGAAUUCAAAAAUGCUAGCAAACUUGUAGCUGCAGCAGAGAAAGAGAAACUGGACACACACCUUGGAAUUCCCUGUAAUAACUGCAAACAAUUUCCAAUUAAGGGGAAGUGUUAUAAGUGUACCGAAUGCAUAGAAUAUCACUUAUGUCAGGAAUGUUUUGAUAGCUGCUGCCAUCUUUCACACACAUUUACAUUUCGUAAGAAAAGAAACCAACACUGGAGAUUACUAGAAAAAAGCACAGAAGAAGUUGUACAAUACAUAGAUACUAAAAAUGAGAUAGAAGAAAAGAUAUCACAUUUUCAAGAAAAGCAAAGCCAAGUUCACACACCAAAACACGUUGUAAGAUCACUGCCUCUCCGACUGAUUACUAAGAAUAGUAAGCUGCUUGCUCCAGGCUACCAGUGUCUACUUUGCUUGAAGGCAUUUCAUCUUGGUCAAUAUAUAAGAUUGCUACCAUGUACUCACAAGUUUCACAGGAAAUGUAUUGACAAUUGGUUAAUCCACAAGUGCAAUUCAUGCCCUAUUGAUGGAGUAGUCAUAUAUAACCCUUUAACUUGGAAAAAUGCAGCAAUGAAUGGACAAGCACAUCAGUCUGUUUCAAACAGAGACAUCAUUCAUCUAUCAAAGCAAGAAGAACCAGAACUUUUUAUUCCUGGUACUGGAUUAGUCUUAAAACAAAAUAGACUUGGAAUUUUACCUAGUAUACCUCAAUGUAAUUUUGAUAAAUUGAAUAUGCUUCAAAGCCCAAAAGAUGCCUAUGAAAAUAUAACAAUCGGUAAUCUAUGCUCUAUCAAAUUAGAUAAUUCAAGUAAAUUAACCUAUGAAUAUAAAAUUAGCCAUCAUUUCCCCAGGUAUCUUCAAGAUCUACCCACUGCAUCAUUUGGAAAACUACCAUCUGAAACAUUUCUUCCUCCUAUUGUUCAUAAGAACACUGUAUGUUCCACUGGAAUGGAAAAUCCAUGCAUCAGUGGGAAAUACCACACUAGUCAAAGCCAGAUGACCAAAGGCUGUAAAUGUAAUAACCACAACCUAAAGAAGACCCCUGGUACUAAAAUAAGAGGAGACAACAAAAGAACAACUUUACUUCCAGAGGAUUUCAAUCUUAUUGUCAAUUGGGACACAGCUAAAUUUAGUUUGUCUAAAAGAUAUAAUAACUGUAUGGGGGAAAUUAGACAAAAAUGUAGUCAUCUAUCAAGACAGCCUGUGUCUCAUUCUGUAAACAGAAAAAGUGCUGAGCUAUCUUUAAUAAUAGAAGGAGUUCAAUUGUGAAAAAGUAUUUUUGUUUACUGUCAGAAAAUAUUUGAAUGUUGAAUAUAAAAAAUGUUUUGUAUAGAACAUAAAAAGCACAUAUACUCUUGACAAAUGUAUAUAAAAUUCUCUGCUGGAAUUUGCCUACUUAUCUAUAAACCACUCAUUACACUUAAA